AGUACCGGUAGUUCCGUUUACAGUCCACACACAGUCCUGAACUGUAACUGAGCUUUAGGGGAUUUGUUUGGUGAGAACUGUAGGCGGGCCGACCUACUGAGUGCGCUUACUGUAAGUACACAGGGCUGAGACUUGGGUAGAGCCGCUGCUGCUGCGCACCUGUGAAGAUUAGCUUACUUUAGCAGCCAAAAAGCUUGACGUGAGUCCUCGGUUUUAGUCAAUGUUCAGUUCAAUUUUACCUACCAGUGUUGGAAACGCAUAAACAGUAGAUUAAAGGAGUGUAGCUGGGUGUACUGAGGAGCUGUGAGGUCCAUGUACCUCCUGGGGUCUCAAGAUGGCAUCAACACUUUUGUAACUGACAGAAUGAUGCUGCAGAAUCUGCACUGCUCACCCACGCCGUCACACUGGUCCCCAGGGCCCUGGCUGAAGUGAACGUAGUUUUUUCAUCUGCAUUGAUUGAUUGUGCUCACAGCAGUUUUCUUGUCCAUCCUAAAGAACAUUUGUCUGUCAGCUGUAAUUUUCAGUCACUCAAACACUAUGAGUAAACUCAAUCCUGAGGACGCCCUUCCAGACUCAGACUCUCUUCCUGAAGCCAGCAGUGUCAGACCUCAGGCUGACCCCAAGCCUUUACCUGCUGACCCCUUGUUGCCUAGCAACGAGACCCUUCAAAGCAGAUCAUCUUCUUUUUCUGACUUCAGCAGCAGCAGCUGCACCAGUAGCAUGGCCAGCGACAACCGCUCCAGCUACAGUCCCUAUCAGCCUCCCUUGGGUCUCCCAGCUGGUUACAGCCCCAAGACUCCCUUCCCCAGCCAGGCAGAUGGUUGUUUCAGUACGCUGGAGCCCCACAAAGAGGACUGGCUCAACCCAAGUUCAUAUAACAGUGUGUUUAGGGGAUUCUCCAACGGCAGCCGUCCGUCCUGCAUGGUAUCUGGGGACUUCAGUGUUUUUCAGGGCGAAUCCUAUGGGUCCCAUUUUUUGCCGGACGGACACAGUCCAGGUGGGAGCAGUUUGGAACAGCCCCACUCACUUCACUCCAUUCCUACUGCAUUAGCCCAGCACAGUUACUACCCACCUCCGUGCCCAUGCCCUUCAUAUAGACAGGAAUGCUGUGGGCAGGGCCCACUGGACACAUACUGGGAAAAUCACAGGCUCCAUCAGGCGGUGCAGUAUCACGUGCCAGGUUCAUCUUCAUGUCCUAGGAGAAUCAAACAGUCAGACCGAGAGCUCAUUCACAGCAGGCACCCGUCUGUUCAGCCUCAGAAAACGAGUGUUCCGAGCACUGCACCCCUCUCUCUGGAACAGCGGAAGGUGUUUGUCACCUAUGAAGCUGACGAUGAAAAACAUGUUAAAGAGGUCAUCAAUUUUGUGGCUUUGCUGAGACACAAUGGCUUCUACACUCACAUUGACAUGUUUGAACAACAGUUCAGAAGUAUAAGUAAAAUUGACUUUAUGGAGAGGUACAUUGCUGAGAAAGACUACCUGAUCAUUAUCAUCAUCAGUCCAAAGUACUAUGAGAUUGUGACAGAUGCUUCAUUAUGCAUGGAAAAUGACGAAACGCUCAAUACUGUUUAUAUCCACAAGCAGUUGCAGAAUGAAUUCAUCCAGAACGGCUGCAAGAAUUUCAGGUUCAUUCCUGUACUGUUUCCUGGUGCCAGGAAAUGCCAUGUUCCCAAAUGGCUCCAGAACACACACAUCUUCUGCUGGCCCAAGGACAGAGAUGACAUCCUGCGUCGGCUCAUGAGACUUGAAAAGUACUACCCACCCCCCAUUGGAGAGCUGCCCGCCAUCGUCUCUAUCCCAAUUUAGUGAGAGUCUCCUCAGUUCUGCAUAUAUAAGUGGCUGAAACAUAAGGCUUUAUGGUGGACUGGCUAUGAAAAGAAAGAAGUGGACUUUGGACCAAUUUGGAGCCUUUUCUCUUUUAAAAUCUGACCUGACCUUACCUGCUGGAGGAUAUAUUCAUGCAGGAGAACUUAAGCUGAAUCAAUCUGAAUGUUUUUGGGGGCUACUUAUUCUUUAUAUCUUCAUAUCUUAAGUGCUUUAUGUAAGUCCUAACAGCACUUGUGUCAAGUUUUUUUGAUGGAAGUGAACAGCAAAAAACUUUUGCUUUUGUUUUUUGUUUUUUUUCUUCUGUGCCCCUUCUUUCCACAUCCUUUCUGAUAACAUCUUUCAGACAGCCAGUCAGACAGAAAAGCAAAGAUAAUCACUGUGGCAGUUAUGGGUUUUAGCUGUUGCUGUAAGUAAGCAGCAUAAGAAGUCAUUUGCAGGAAGACUCAUAGUUUGCUUUUGUAUUGAAAUAGAGAAAACACAUUUAUGUACAGUGGUAUGAAAAAGUUUGGGCACCCCUGAUCAUUUUUAUGAUUUUCCUUUAUAAAUCAUCAUUGGUUGCUCAGCAAUUUGUAAAUAUAUGAUAUAUUUAACUGAAAUUGCUGGUCCGAACAACCAAUGAUUUAUAAAGGAAAAUCAUGAAGAUGAUUAGGGGUGACAAAAUAUUUUUCAUAUUGCUGUACAUGUGAUUUUAACUAAACCAUAAAUUUUUCUGAGAAGAAUCUAAGUAUCAUAGUAUAUGAGUUUUUUAAUUUACCUAAUUUUAUUGUGUUUUCUUUCUGACAUCACACAAGCAAAAUACAAUAAUCAUCAAAAAAAUACUUGCACCCAGAAUGAAGUGUUGGAUUGCAUGCUUUACAUUAGAAAGAUAAAGGUUACCAGGAGCUAAAAAUAUGUUUUUUAUUUUUUAUUAUUACUUAUGUACACAUACAGAAGCCAGAUGUUUCAGCAUGAGUUGUAGAGGUUCCUCAUAGUGUCCAGUGAUAAUGCAUCCCGUGCAGCUUGAAUAUAACUGCAGAUUUUCUGGUAGGGGUGGAGUAUUAAUAGCAUAUUAAAUAGCAUCCCACACAUUUUUUAUCACUGGUGAUGCAGAUAUCCAAGGCGUAGUAUCUCUGCUGUCUCAAGGCAAGCUCUGGAGACAGCAGCAGUAUGCGGGCAAGCAUUGUCCUGUUGAUAUAGUGCAUCAGAGUGUGCAUUCAGGUAGGAUCACUGGUUUCAGGACCUUAUUAACGUAACAUUGGGCUGCCAUUGUGCAUGUACUGAAAACCAAAGGUAAUCUGGCAUUGUACUUAUUGUACCACACUGUCUCCAUAAAGUCAAGCUUUUGUCUUUUUGUCGAGCAUUUAAAUCAUUUAUGUAUUGUUCCUGGUGUUCUUUUAUCUUCAGUAACCUACAAUCCAAAGUAACUUUAGAUGAGUGUAUUUUAAGAACAGGUAAAAAAGAAGAGCAGAUAGAAGAGUAAGUAUAUAUUUGAGCUUUGCCAACCACAUGAACUGAGCUGUCCCUUAUGCAACACACUGUUCUGCCUGCAUUAAUCAUCCGGGAUUGAGUGUCUAAGUGAUUUUCUAUGCUUCAUCUGGUGGGCAGCCAGUAAUUCAUCUGUACAAUGUCAUCAGAUUUUUAUGACCUCACAUAACUCUUUUCUGGUUUCUACAUAAAGACAAGAUUAUAGCAUCUGCAGAUAUUCCCUGAACUGUUUUAGUAAUUUAUAGAAAUGGGAAACUUGCACUCAUCCUGUCAAUGAUAAGAACUCAAGCCCCCCAGGGAUAAUACCUUCAUUAUCAAGUACAUGAACCUCUCAUAUUUCACAUGCCUUCAUUUUUAGCAUAUUCAUACCGUCAUAACUGUACAUACAGCUGUGCAGUUUGUUCUGCUGUACUGUAAUCCAUAUAUCUAGGAUUUUUUGUUUGUAUUAUUGUAUCUUUUUCUGAAUCUGAGCCACCUUUCAAUCUUCAAGCUGAAUGUGACAAAUAAACAAAAUGUAAUGGUAAUGGUGUAGACAAUACCACCUUAAAAACUACAAACCAGCACAAACUAUUUUUUUCACUGAUAAAACCAAAUGUGUUCACUGCAAAACAAUUUUUAUUAUGGAUUAUUAAGUAAAUGUUUUACUUAGGUAAAAGUAUAAAAGCGAAUGCACAAUAUGUACAUUAAGUAAAAAAACACAAAUAUUUCUAUAAAAAGGGUUUUUUGUCCUGUUUUGGCAAAGCAAAAUGACUGGAAACUCCAACCAUUUUAAACCCAUUAAAAAACUUGUAGGCAAUAUUUUAAUGGCAAA